AUGGGUUUAAGGAUUUGUACUAUUCUGAGUUUGGAAGCAGAGAUGCGAACUUUGAAACCAGCGAAUUUGAGGAAAAUCAUGAAGAAGGGACUUCCAGAUGAAAUUUUAAAAAUUCUAGAAGAGAGCAAGCUGGAUGUGAUUAUAAAAAUGGAAAAGUUCCGUCUCUUCAACGGGACCACCUACGAAAAACUGAAGAGGGAACGUUUGGGACGGACCCGGACCUCCAAACCGAACAUGGAAAAAUUGGCGCCAACCGAUAUUUUCUAUAAAAAAUCCAACUCGAAUUUUGCGUUCACCAUUGGCAACAAGAACAUUUUCAAAGUGUCAGAAAAGGAGAAAAAUCUGGUGUACCUUCUAACCGGACCAUUUUUGGGUCAAUCGGAAAAGAAUUUCGGAAUUCCAGAUGGUGCAAAGUCCAUUUCUUUUGUUCACCAGGGAUUUGAGUUCGCUUCCAAUAACUGCAUGAGUUUUAAGCCGACGUUUGAGGUGGAGAACCCGGAAAAUUGUUAUAUGGAGUACUAUUUUAAAAGUCCGGACGUUCAAAUUGCUUAUUGGAAGGAGAAGGAUCAGGCGCCACGUGUGGCUGGAGUUUGUUGGUGGUUUGGAAGAGAUUCCGACGAACAAUACAAUCUUUGCACAAUUUUUGAAAUUGAACGGGACCAACUACUCGAAGAUAUCUAUAAACUCCGUCGAGAGCUCAAAAACCAAGCAAAAUCCGAUAGAAUUGCUCAACAAAACACAGAAUCUCUAGUUAAUUGCCCAAUUUUGAAGAUAUGUGAAACUAUGGAAGGCGAGAAAAGAGUCCAAAUGAGAUACGAGCUGGCAAAUCGCGAGAAAUUGGAGGAGAAUUUGAAAGAAAUCGGAGAAAUCGAAGCUGUCAUGGAUGGUUUGGUUGAGGUGGUGGCGCAGAAAAUCAAAGGAUAUUUGCCGUUUGUGUGA